CACGAACAUGCGGCAACUGAAUGCAAGGAGGAAGGCACUAUAUAUACGGCAACGUGCCCUGUGUCCUCACUCCUCUGUCCUGCCCCGCCCCGUGCUGCGCCAUGAAGCUCAUCCUCCUCGCCGCCCUUGCCUCCGUGGCCGCCGCCGCCCCUCAAGACUACUCCAAGGAUAUCAUCCCAAUCCUGAAGGACGUCCGCGUGCAUGAGGAGGAUGGACGCUACAGCCUUGACGUGGAGACUGGCAACGGCAUCUUUCAGUCCCAGUCUGGCUCCCCCGACGGCGCGGAGGGCUCGGUGAUCAAGGCCGGCGAAUACUCCUACACCGCCCCGGACGGCACUCCUGUUCGUGUCAAGUUUGUCGCCGACGAGAACGGUUACCAACCACAGUCUGACCUGCUGCCCGUGGCCCCCGAGUUCCCUCACGAAAUCCCGCAGUACGUGCUCGACCAGAUCGCCUUCGCUGCCCAGGAGGACGCCGCCCGCUCACGUGAGGAUCGGUACGAGUAACAGUGUCGCUAAAUCUACGGUGUAUAAGACCCAGCGUCAAGUCCCCGUAAACAAGACUGGUCGGCCGUCUGUCUGGCAGGCGAUGAGCCGCUGCAUGCUCAUGGCUUCUACAAAUAAUGCGUGCCACCGAAUGAACCCUGUCCUAUAUUUAUUUGUAACCUUAAUUUGUUUAUAAAAAAAUGAACAAUA